AUGCUAAAAGGAAGACGGACAAGUGCAGAAGACUCAUCUUCUCUAUAUCCACAAAUAGCAACCACUACUAUCGAUCCGUUACUACACACAUUUGAUGAUCCGCAUGAUCCACCAGAAUAUUACAGGCAACCAUCAUCUGUCUUUUACGUUCCAGCCACAGUUACAUCUGAAUGUGAUAGCGAAAAUAUUAAUUCAUAUGAAAAAUUCAGUCUUUUUAAAAAAUGUUUUCGUUAUUUGGAAAGAUUUUCUGGCAUUUUUUAUGCAUCAUUAUCAUCAUUAUUAUUUACAUGUUCAAAUUUUAUUAUGCAACAACUUGAUGUUAUUCUAUUAGAUGUAUUUCUUAUUCGAUUUUUCCUUCAAGGAAUUAUAUCAUUUGGAUAUAUUAUUUAUAAAGGUUAUCAUCGAUUUUUGUUUUCUAAUGGUUUACUAGUUUUUAUUCGAUCUCUUAUUGCUGCUACAGGUAGUCUUUGUUUUUAUUUUGGUCUUGUAUUUCUACCUUUACCUGAUCUAAUCACAUUACGUUAUACACAAGUUGUUUGGACAGCUCUUCUUGCUUUAAUUAUAUUUCGAGAACGAAUUACUAUACCAAUAAUAAUAGCAAGUAUCUUCACACUUGUGGGUGUUAUUGGUGUUACUCAACCAUCAUUUAUUUUUACAAAAUCAAAUACUUUUAAUGAAACACUACAAGUAUCAUUAACAAACAAAAGUGAAACACGUUUAUUAGGUAUAUUUGUUGCAUUAUUAUGUGCAUUUUCUAUAUCAAUGGGUAUUGUACUAGCUAAAAAACUGUUAGAAAAAAAAGUUCGACAAAGUAUAAUUUUGUUUCAUUUUAUUUUAAUAACUUUUAUAUUUUUAUUAAUAAGUCAAACAUAUUAUUGGACAUAUUCAAAAAGGUGUCAUCAAAAAUUUGAUAUAAAAAAAAAUUAUUUAACAAAAACGUUUUUCUAUGCAACAAUGCUUGCGACAUUACAAUUAAUUCCAUUGAUCUUAUUACAAAAGUCAAUUAAACGUGAACAUCCAUCUAUCGUUACAAUUGCUCAAGCAUCUGAUAUACUUUUCGCUAUUAUAUUACAAAAUGUUUUUUCAACUAUUAAAUCAAAUACAUAUGCAUUAAUUGGUUCAACAUUUGUUCUAACAAGUAUUAUUAUUGUUGGUGGUCAUAAACUUUGGCAAGAUCGAAAACAUCGUAUUUGUCUUCCAACAUCAAUAGAAGAAAAAAAAUAA